GGGCCGGGGGGGGGGGCGCGGGGCUAUCGGGGCCGGGCAGCCGCGGGCCCGCAGGAAUGUCCGCAGAUAAUGGUAUUUAUAGCCCCGAGCAGGGCGGCUCCGCUCCCCCGCCCCGCGCCGGGCCCGCCGCCGCUCGUCCGCCCGCAGCCCCGGGCAGGGGCCUCUUGCUGGUAGCCGACGGCCACUUGGCCGGGGGACGCCAGGACCAUGACCUCGGCCAACGACUACGAGCAGCUGGAGCUGCAGCAGCCAUAUGGGCGCGUCAAUGUCCGCUGGGAUGCCUCCGACGAUGAGCUGGACAACGACAACAGCUCAGCGCGGCUCUUCGAGCGCUCCCGCAUCAAAGCCCUGGCAGAUGAGCGGGAGGCCGUGCAGAAGAAAACCUUCACCAAGUGGGUGAAUUCACACUUGGCUCGCGUCACCUGCCGCAUCUCGGACCUCUACAUGGACCUCCGGGACGGGCGAGUGCUCAUCAAGCUGCUGGAGGUGCUGUCAGGAGAGCUUCUGCCCAAGCCCACCAAGGGCCGGAUGCGGAUCCACUGCCUGGAGAACGUGGACAAGGCACUUCAGUUCCUGAAGGAGCAGCGGGUGCACCUGGAGAACAUGGGCUCCCAUGACAUCGUGGAUGGCAACCACCGCCUUGUCCUUGGCCUCAUCUGGACCAUCAUCCUCCGCUUCCAGAUCCAGGACAUCAUCGUGCACACACAGGAGGGCCGGGAGACGCGCUCUGCCAGGGAUGCGCUGCUGCUCUGGUGCCAGAUGAAGACAGCAGGGUACCCCCACGUGAACAUCACCAACUUCACCUCGAGCUGGAAGGAUGGGCUGGCCUUCAAUGCCCUUAUCCACAGGCACAGGCCUGAGCUGGUUGACUUCCAAAACCUGACCAAAUCCAAUGCCCGGCACAACCUGGAGCAUGCGUUCAGUGUGGCCGAGCGGCACCUGGGCAUCACCUCACUCCUCGACCCUGAAGAUGUGUUCACAGAGAACCCCGAUGAGAAGUCCAUCAUCACCUAUGUGGUGGCCUUCUACCACUACUUCUCCAAGAUGAAGGUGCUGGAGGUGGAAGGCAGGCGCUUGGGCAAGGUCAUUGAGCACGCCAAGGAGACGGAGCGGAUGAUCGAGGGCUAUGGAGGGCUGGCAUCCAACCUGCUCACCUGGAUCGAGCAGACCAUCGCCUCCCUCAACAGCCGCAGCUUUGCCAACUCGCUGGCCGGGGUGCAGCACCAGCUUCAGGCCUUCAGCACCUACCGCACUGUGGAGAAGCCCCCCAAGUUUCAGGAGAAGGGCAACCUGGAGGUGCUGCUCUUCACCAUCCAGUCAAGGAUGCGAGCCAACAACCAGCGCGUCUACACACCGAACGAGGGGCGCUUGGUCUCUGACAUCAACCGGGCGUGGGAGCAGCUGGAGAAAGCGGAGCACGAGCGGGAGCUGGCACUGCGCAACGAGCUGAUCCGGCAGGAGAAGCUGGAGCAGCUGGCGCGGCGAUUUGACCGCAAGGCGGCCAUGCGGGAGGCCUGGCUGAGCGAGAACCAGCGCCUGGUGGCCCAGGACAACUUCGGCCAGGACUUGCCAGCAGUGGAGGCGGCCAAGAAGAAGCAUGAGGCCAUCGAGACAGACACAGCCGCCUACAAGGAGCGAGUGCAGGCCAUCGAGGCAGUGGCAAAGGAGCUGGAGGUGGAGGGCUACCAUGACAUCCAACGCAUCAACAGGCGCAAGGACAACAUCCUGCGGCUCUGGGAGCAGCUCCUGGAGCUGCUGGCUGCCCGGCGCCAGCGCCUGGAGAUGAAUCUCGUCCUGCAGCACCUCUUCCAGGAGAUGCUCCAUAGCAUUGACUGGAUGGAUGAGGUCAAGGUGCAGCUGGCAUCGCCUGAGUGUGGGAAGCACCUUCUGGAGGCUGAGGAGCUGCUGCAGACCCACCAGCUGCUGGAGAGGGACAUGGCCCUGCAGGCGGAGAAGACACGAGCCAUCAGCACUGCUGCCUUCCGCUUCGCCGAUGCUGAGGGCUAUCGUCCAUGCGACCCCAAAAUCAUCCGGGACCGCGUGAGCCACCUGGAGUUGUGCCGGCGGGAGCUGGCAGCGCUGGCGGCACGGCGGAGAGCUCUGCUGGAGCAGUCUCGCUCCCUCUGGACCUGCCUGUGGGAGCUGGAUGAGACCGAAGCCUGGAUCAAGGAGCAGGAACAGCUCUACUCCUCGUUGGACUUUGGGAAGGACCUGCCGGGCGUGCUGCUGCUCCAGCGCCGCCACGCCGCCUUCGAGGCCGAGCUGCGGGGCCGUGGUGGGCGGCUGGAGCAGGCACUGGCAGCGGGCGAGGGGCUGGCGGUGGCGGGGCAGGCAGCCGAUCGGCUGCGUGAGCGCAGCGCUGUGGUGCGGGCUCUGUGGGCGCAGCUGGAGGAGCUGGCAGCAUUCCGCCGGCGUGGCUUGCGCGAGGCUGAAGGUUUCUUCCAGUUCCAAGCGGAGACCGAGGAGUUGAUGGAGGCGUUAAGGGAUGCGCGACGGCGUGCGGCUGCUGAGGAGCUGGGACAGGACGAGUCCCACACCCGUGUCCUGCUGCGGCAGCACCAUGAGCUGCUGGAGGAGCUGGUGGCUGCCAAGGAGCAGCUGGAUGGCUUGACUCAACAAGCUGAUGGCUUCCCACCGGAGCUGCGCGGCAGCCCCGAGGCACAGAGCCGGCUGGAAGCCCUGUGGGAGCUGCACGCCGAGGUGGCCAUGCUGGCCGAGAAGCGAGGCCGCCAGCUGCAGGACGCCCUCGACCUCUACACUGUCUUUGGCGAGAGUGAUGCCUGCCACCUCUGGAUGGCGUCCAAGGAGACCUGGCUGGGACAAUUGGAGGUCCCUCAGGCACUGGAGGACCUGGAUGUGGUGCAGCAUAGGCUGGAUGGACUGGAGCAGGAGAUGGCCACCGUGGCUUCCCAGAUUGCAGCCGUCAACCAGGCAGCCGAUGGGCUGCUGGCCAGCAGACACCCCCGCAGCCCCCACGUCCGGCAGUGCCAGGAGCAGCUCAACGAGAGGUGGGAGCGGUUCAGGGCGCUGGUGGCCGAGCGUCACCGAGCGGUGGGCUCGGCUCUGCGGCUCCUCAACUACCGCCUGGAGUGCGAGGAGACGCGGCAGUGGCUGCAGAGCAAAGCCCGGGCGGUCGAGGCCACCGCUGAGCUGGGACGGGACUUGGCUGGCGUCUUGGCCACCCAACGCAAGCUCUACGGCAUCGAGCGAGAGCUGGCGGUCGCCGAGGAGCGCCUGGCCACCCUGCGCUCCCAGGCUGACGAGCUGGCCAAGGAACGGCCUGAGGUGGCCGGGGAGGUGGCCGAGCAGCUGACAGCGGCGGUGGCCGCGUGGGACGAGCUGCAGGCGGCCCUGCGGGACCAAGCAGCCUCUUUGGGUGAAGCCGGGCAGCUUCGACGCUUCCUGCAGGACCUGGAUGACUUUCAGGCUUGGCUCUUCGGGGCUCAGAAAGCCGUGGCAGCCACCGACGAGGUGCCGGUCUCUUUGGCCGAGGCAGAGGAGCUGCUGCAGCGGCACGAGGCUGCAAGGCGGGAUGCGGAGGAGCACGCGGAUGCCUUCACCACCUUGAUGGAAGCUGGGGAGAAAGUGGUGGGGGAGCAGACGGACCCCCAGUAUGAGGGGCUGCGGCAGCGCCUGCAGGGCGUGGAGGCCGGCUGGGCUGCCCUGGGCAGGAUGGCAGAAGCCCGGCACCGCUUCCUCAUCCAAUGCCGUGGCUUCCAGGAGUUCCUCCGUGAUGCUAAGCAGGCGGAGAUCCUCCUUACCAACCAGGAGUACACACUGACCCAUCUGGACGUGCCCACCACACUGGAGGGCUCAGCUGCUGCCCUGCGCCGCUUCCAGAACUUCUGUGCUGGCGUGGAGAGCAGCGCCGAGAAGGUCCCUGAGGUGGUGGCUGGUGGCACCAAGCUCGUGGCGGAGGGGAACAUCUUUGCCGAGAAGAUCACCGAGAAGUGCCAGGCCCUCCAGAAGCGGCACGGGGACAUUGCAGCCAAGGUGGAGGAGGCGGCAGGUUUGCUUCAGGACAACCAUGAGCUGCAGACCUUCCUGCAGAACUGCCAGGAGCUUGAUGCCUGGGUGGAGGAGAAGAUGCUGACAGCACUGGAUGCCUCUUACGGAGAAGCCCGUGGCCUCCACGGCAAGUGGCAGAAGCACCAGGCGUUCAUGGCCGAGCUGGCGGCCAACCGGGGUUGGUUGGAGAAGAUUGAGAAGGAAGGGAAGGAGCUGGCAAGUCGCAAACCGCAGUACGGCGAGGUGGUGGCACGGCAGCUGGAGAAGCUGCGGGAGCGGUGGGACGGGCUGCGCCAUGCGGGUGAGGAGAAGGGCCGGCAGCUCUUUGAGGCCAACCGCUCAACGCUGUACGCCCAGAGCUACGGGGAGCUGGAGAGCUGGCUGGGGCAGGCGGAGGAGGAGCUGCGCAGCGCCGAGCCGGCCAAAGACCUCACCGCCACAAAUCUGCAGCUGAAGAAGCUGACGAGACUGGAAGAGCAAGUGGGAGCGCGGAUGAAGGAGUUGGAUGAGCUGGAAUGGCAGGGGCCACCCCUUGUCAGGGAUGAGCCUGAUGCUGAUGGGCAUGAGCAGAAGCUCCGGCGGCGAUUCCGUGACUUGCUGGAGCCGCUGGGCAGGAGGAGGAUGGAGCUGGAGACCGCCAAGGCCAUGUACCAACUCGGGCGGGAUCUGGAGGAUGAGACGCUGUGGGUGCAGGAGCGGCUGCCCUUGGCGAGGUCGACGGAGCACGGCACUGACCUGCAGAGCGUGCAGUGCCUGGCCAAGAGGAACGAGACGCUGCAGAAGGAGCUGGCGGGACACGGUCCUCGCCUGGCCGAGGUGCUGAGGCGCGGCGAGGCGGCGGUGAGCAGCACCGGACUGAGCCCCGAGCUGGAGGUUCGGGCGCGGGAGCUGCAGGCACUGUGGGAAAUGCUGCGGGCAGAGACCGCCGCCCGGCAGCAGCGCCUGCGGGAGGCUGGCGAGGCGCAGCAGUACUACCUGGAUGCCAGCGAGGCUGAGGCAUGGAUCAGUGAGCAGGAGCUCUUCAUGGGAGCCGAGGAGAAGCCAAAGGAUGAGGAGAGUGGCUUGGUGAUGCUGAAGAGACACAUCCGGCAGCAGCGAUCCAUUGAGGACUACGGCCAAACCAUCAAGGAGCUGGCAGGGAGGGCUCAGCAGCUGCUCUCUGCUGGCCACCCUGAGGGGGAGCAGAUCAUCCGGCUGCAGGGCCAGGUGGACAAGCACUACGCAGGGCUGAAGGAGGUGGCUGAGGAGCGCCGCCGGCGCCUGGAGAACAUGUCCCACCUCUUCCAGCUGAAGCGGGAGGUGGAAGACCUGGAGCAGUGGAUUGCCGAGCGCGACGUGGUCGCCUCCUCCCAGGAGAUGGGGCAGGACCUGGACCACGUCACGCUCCUGCGGGAGAAGUUUCGGGAGUUUGCACGGGACACGGGCAGCGUGGGGCAGGAACGCGUGGACCGGGUGAACCUGGCCAUUGAGGACCUCAUUGACGCGGGGCACACGGAGGCGGCCACCAUGGCUGAGUGGAAGGAUGGGCUCAAUGAGAGCUGGGCUGACCUCCUGGAGCUGAUCGACACCCGCAUGCAGCUCCUCGCCGCCUCCCACGACCUCCACAAGUACUUCUACGAUGGUGCUGAGCUGCUGUCCCUCAUUGCUGCCCGGCGCCAGGAGCUGCCGCAGGACCUGGGCGAGGAUGCUGGCACAGUGGAGGCUUUCCACCGCAUGCACAGCGCCUUCGAGCGUGACCUCCAGCUGCUGGAGACGCAGGUGCAGCAGUUCAGGGAGACGGCGGCACGGCUGCAGGCUGCUUACGCUGGCGAGAAGGCAGCCGGCAUCCAAGAACAGGAGCAGGAGGUGGCCAGAGCCCUGCAGGCGCUGCUGGAGGCAUGCAGCGGGCGUCGGGCCCGGCUGGUGGACACGGCCGACAAGCAUCGCUUCUUCGGGAUGGUGCGGGAUCUGCUUUCCUGGAUGGAAAGCACUGUCCGGCAGAUUGAGACACAGGAGAAACCCAGGGAUGUCUCCUCCGUGGAGCUGCUCAUGAAGUACCAUCAGGGCAUCAGGGCCGAGGUGGAUGCCCGGGGCAAGAACUUUACUGCCUGCAUUGAGCUGGGCAAGAAGCUGCUGCAGCGCAAGCACCAGGACUCGCCCGAGAUCAAGGUGAAGCUGAUGGAGCUGGUGGAGAAGAGGAGGGCCAUGAUGGAGACGUGGGAGCAGCGCUGGGAGCGGCUGCGGCUCUUGCUGGAGGUGUGCCAGUUCUCCCGGGACGCCACAGUGGCCGAGUCAUGGCUGAUGGCGCAAGAGCCCUACCUGGCCAGCAGCGACUACGGGCAGACAGUGGACGCAGUGGAGAAGCUGCUCAAGCGCCAUGAGGCGUUCGAGAAGUCCUCAGCCACCUGGGAGGAGCGCAUCGCCGCCCUGAGGAAGCUGACGACGUUGGAGCUCAUGGAUGGGCGGACGCUGCGUGAUGGGGUGACGCAUGUGGAGGGUCCCGAGUACCACCUGGACCUGGACGGGGAGCUGGAGGCUGGGUCUGAGGAGGAGGAGGAGAAGAGGAAGGGCGAGAGCACACAGGACACCUCUCUGCCCACCACCGACGGACCAGAGCCGCUGGCCCGGACAACAGGCGAUGAGGAGCCACCGUCCCCAAGCCCACGGGUGCCACGGGAGGAGCCCGAGGAGCCGGCCACGCUGCCAGCCCGCACCUGCAGCAUCCAGCUGGAGGGCUACCUUGGCCGCAAGCACGACCUGGAGGCGGCCACCAAGCGGGCGUCUAACCGGUCGUGGAGCACACGGUACUGUGUCCUGCGCGGUGGCCAGCUUGCCUUCUUCAAGGAUGCCAAGAGCCGGGCGCUGGGGUUGCCCUGCCACGGUGAGGAGCCCCUGGGGCUGCGAGAUGCCCUCUGUGAGGUGGCCGCCGGCUACAAGAAGAAGAAGCACGUCUUCAAACUCAGGCUCAGCAAUGGCAGCGAGUGGCUCUUCCAUGGCAAGGAUGAGGAGGAGCUGCAGGCCUGGCUGCAGGGGCUGAGCUCAGCAAUAACCGAGUGCCAGGGCAGCCGGGGCAAGGCGCAGAGUCUGCCCCUGCCCCCCGCCGCCCCCCUGCCCCGCAAGGACAAGGAGAAACGGUUCAGCUUCUUCCCAAAAAAGAAAUAACCCCCAU